CUGUAAAUAUAUAUCAGUUCUAGUAUCGCUAUAGCUACAUAUCACCCUGACUAGGUUACAUAUCACUCUGAUUAGGCUACAUAUCACUCUAACUAGGCUACAUAUGCUCGCAGCAGACAUGGACCUUACCAAGUGUAUUCGCGUUGGGUCUUUGUUCCUGACCCUCACCCUGUGGGUCUCCUGUAGUGACAUUGACCUCACCAAGGAACCUGGGCACCUGAAACCCUUUGGAACUGGUGGGGUUAACAAACCCGUCGAGGAAAUGGACGGGUUUCCAGACCCGGAGAAUUUCUUUGAGAAUUACGUCAAGCCAACGAAGCCCCUGAAGAUGAAGGGGGCGGCCCGUAUAUCGAAGGCGAUGGGAAAAUGGAGAGACGAGUAUUUUUUGAGUCUGGACGAUGACCUUGACUCAGAGGUGAAGUUGGAGACGAAAAAGAAGGAAAACCGGCUCCAGGCGGUCGACACGAUGACGUUUAAAAACUUUGUGAGGAUCUAUAACCAGACUGAACACUAUAUGGUGGAUUCUGUACCUCCAGCGAUAAGAGGUGACAUCACCAUACCAUGUCCGCUGCAGUGCAAACAGUUGACAGAACACAACUUCGUGGACAAUAUAAUGUGGUUCAGCAGUGGUGGGACCAAGUCCGUGGUGCACACUGACUCUGUGGACAACAUCAACUGUCUGUACCGAGGAGAAAAAACACUCUACUUUGUAGACCCAUCUGAACAUCGACAUGAUGUGCUUAUAGACCAUCCUGAUGGUACCUACUCAGGAAUGGACGUUGAUGCAGUGGAUUACACAAAAUACCCGGGCAUGGCCAAGGUGGAAUUCUACCAUGUGAACGUCAGUGCAGGGGACUGCAUUUAUAUACCUUAUCUUUGGGUCCAUCAGGUACGCUCAUAUGGCAGCAACCUUGCUGUAAACGUCUGGUGGCAUCGACAUGCAAAGGAUGAUCUCGAUUACAGCGCGUGCAACCGCCAGUGUAACACGGAGUACACCAUGGCCCAGGCAAAGUUUAUGGGACUAAAAACGAUCCAACAUGACCCAAUCGAAGUCAGGGAUGAUUUUAUGACAUAUAUCUCUAAUGAUACAAACUUUGAAGGGUUCAAACAGAUUUUAUUUGGGGAUGAUUAUGACAAGAUUGUAGUUGACACUACAUAUGUGAGGGCCUUCACAGAGAUGUUUGAGAUGCUUGAUGCAGACAAAAACGGGCUGCUAAGUUUUACGGAUUUUAAGACCUUGGAUAAUGAGGCUUGGAGAACUGUUGGAGAGCUGCUGCAACUGCUGAUGGAGGACAUGGAGGAAGACUUUGAGGCCAGAAACAUUGACAUUGACCCUGACAUUGACCCCGAUCAUGGGGCUGCAGGGGACUCUGAUGAGAUGGAUUUGCAUGACGAACUAUAGUUGCUCUGGAGAUGCCUUCUGUUCUUUAGUCUUGAUAUGAGUCUCGUACUGGGAAAAUAGGCUUGAUGCAUAUUCGUAAAGUGUUAUCCCAUAUUGGCUAUCAGUCCGCACAGGCUAAUCUGG